AUGAUACGUUGCAAAAGCAAACCUGUUUCACGGAGGAAACGUUGCGAAGAUCACAAGGGAAUGCGAGUCAACGCCUUCUUCUUUCUGCUCAACCCAACAGAACGUGAUAAGUCCAAACCGGUGACACGUUCAAGCUCAAUGAACCAAGAGGAACCAGGUCAAAGUCUUUUAUGUGAAGCUACAACGAAGAAUGGUUUGCCUUGUACAAGAAGUGCUCCUAAGGGAAGCAGAAGAUGUUGGCAGCACAAAGAUGGAACUCUGGACAACAAAUCAUCUGAAAAUGUUCAGACAUCAGCAAACGUAACUUAA